AGGAGCGGUCAAUCCUUUCCAGAACGUAAUUUGCUGUGAUCCACCACUUGCAUUUCAUAUGCAAAUGAGGAGGGCUUCCCGAAGGCUGGGCGGGCUGAGCCUCCGCUCUGCUCUCUCUGCUGUCUGCGCUCUGCUGUCUGCCCACUGCUGUUUGGUGUCUGCUCGCUCUCUCGUCCCAGCGCCUGGGGCCUGAGACCAGUGCCUGUUGGAGAAGCAUGUCCUCUCCCACCACUGCCCAAGAAGAUGGACGCGAUACUAAAGUAGAGAAUAAAUGAGGAUUAAAGGACUCCGGAAAGGAAGCCCGUUUGAGAAGCUGUUGACAUUCAAGACUGGCAAAGGGAGUCCAUUCAGCGUCUUCACACCUGUGAUUUCAGGGACUGAUUGAUCAUUUCCCAAUCCCUGGAGAGAGAUUCUUUCCUCAAACUAUCGAAAAUAAUGAACUUUUGGAAGUAUUACCUUUUUGCUUUCACUGUGCUCACUGUAGUUAUUUUUGUGAUAGUUUACAGUAGCCAAUUAAUCCUGCCAAAAAGGAGGUUGAAUAGCUCCAGUGAAAGGUAUUCUGUUAUAAAUGCCUGUAAGGAUGCCUUAGAAGAUAAGUCAACUUUUUUCUGGGAGAAGACGUUGACAUCACCUUUGGGAAGUGUUCCUUGCAAGGACUACCUGAUCCUGAAUCACUACAUCACUAGCCCCCUGUCAGAAGAAGAAGUGGCAUUCCCUUUGGCAUAUGUCCUGGUCAUCCAUAAAGACUUUGAUACUUUUGAAAGGCUUUUCAGGGCUAUCUACAUGCCCCAAAAUGUUUACUGUGUUCACGUGGAUGAGAAAGCCACAGCAGAGUUUAAGAAAACUGUGUGGCAGUUACUGAGCUGCUUUCAAAAUGCUUUCAUUGCUUCGAAGAUUGAGCCUGUGGUCUAUGCCGGCAUUUCCAGGCUCCAGGCUGACCUGAACUGCCUUAAAGACCUGGUAGCCUCUGAGGUCCCAUGGAAGUAUGUCAUCAACACCUGUGGACAAGAUUUUCCCCUGAAAACCAACAAAGAAAUAGUUCAGUAUCUGAAAGGAUUUAAAGGGAAAAACAUUACCCCUGGGGUGCUGCCUCCAGCUCAUGCAAUUGGCCGGACUAAAUAUGUCCACCAAGAGCACAUAGGCAAAGAUGGCUCUUUUGUGAAAAAUACUAACAUUUUGAAAACCUCACCUCCACAUCAGCUGACCAUCUACUUUGGCACUGCCUACGUGGCCCUUACCAGAGACUUUGUCAACUUCAUCUUCCAUGACAAAAGGGCCAUUGAUCUACUGCACUGGUCAAAAGAUACCUAUAGUCCUGAUGAACAUUUCUGGGUGACACUUAAUAGGAUUCCAAGUGUCCCUGGCUCCAUGCCAAAUGCAUCAUGGACUGGUAACCUCAGAGCCGUCAAGUGGAUUGACAUGGAAGAUAAACACGGAGGUUGCCAUGGCCACUAUGUCCAUGGCAUUUGUAUCUAUGGAAAUGGAGAUUUAAAGUGGCUGAUUAAUUCACCAAGCCUUUUUGCUAACAAGUUUGAACUUACUACGUACCCCCUUACUAUAGAAUGCCUAGAAUUGAGACUUCGAGAAAGAACCCUAAAUCAGAGUGAAACUGCAAUACAACCCAGCUGGUAUUUUUGAUCUACUGUAACUCAUGACUAAAGGGAAAUCGCAAUUGGGAGGAAGAGCCUUUGUGAGAAGACUUUGCUUGGUUAACAUUUUAAGGACUGAGGUUAUGGCUUCAGAACCUGGCUACUCUAACACAUGUUACAAUAUCCACUGGACACUGUGAAACACAUUAACAGGAAGGCUGCAUGGAGCGAUCCUGGCACUUUGGCCACUCUGGCUGUUUCUAGAUGCUCACCUCUUUGUUUGUUGUUCUGAUCAAGGAUCAGUGUAAGUGCUCUCAUAUCUUUACAUCAGAUAGUCAUCAUAUAUAAAUGUUCUAAUCAAAAGGAGGAUUGUAGGUAAUAUAACUUAGGAAAAUAAGGACUGGGUUUCUUUGAAGAAGCAAUCAUUUAUAACAGAUCUAUAGUCACAUAUUAAUGGACACCGUUCUUUGCUCAGCUGCACAUAGACAUAUAAGCAGCUUUCAGGGUAACUCACCUAUCUUCUCUAAUACUUGAGCUACUAGAACUGAAAACUAGAUCCUGUUCCUGACUUUUAAAACUAGCAUUUUCAGUUUACUUGUCUGAAGUUCUGUAUAGAAUAGACAGUAAUUAGGAGACAGAAUGUGUUUUAAGACAGCAGUCCCUGCCAGGUGCUUCAGUAAAAGGACUUAGGAGAACAGAAUAUUUCUCAAUUUUGUCAGAACGUGACCUGAUACCUCAAAAUUAAUCACUUUCCUCUUCGUCACCACCCUCUCAACUCCCAUCAAAGUUCUCUUACUUGCAAAAUGGAAACCAAAUUCUAUCCAUAGUGUUUUCUGAGCGGCUUACAAUGCCUGGUGCUGAUAAGAAUGCCUAGGCGUUUAAGAGCUUUCAUUUGUGGUUGAGCAUCUGUCUCAUUUAUCCCUUGUCCAUUCAUUCAUCCAAUUCAUUCAGCAUACAGUCAAUAAAUAUUUCUUGAGUGUCUAGUAUAUACUAUACACGUGCAGAGACAAAGCAGGAAAAUUAAGACAGAAGCUUUUUCACUCUAAAAAUCUCGAUAAUAAUGUUAACAUUGGAAAGACUGCUGUAGAGAACCUUAAAUAAUUGUUGUAUUUUAAUACAUUCAUAUGUAGGAUUGUAGAUUGUGAUAUCAGUAAUUACAAAUUGAGGCUUAAAUCAGAGAUUAUUUGAAAGAACAGAAGGAGGAGACAGAAGCUAAAAAGCCUAUUGUGUUCAAGGCAUUCUGCUAGCUCACCGUUCAAACCUCACAACCCUCCUGUGAGAUCCUCAUUAUUUAUCCCCGUGUUGCAGAUGAGGUCAGUGAGGCUUAGAGAGGCUGUUGCUAAGCACUAAGAAACACAUUCCUGCCUGACAGUUGGGAUUCUCCUACUAGUCUUAGUUCAUUUCCUGAGGUAGAAUAUUAGAGAAGGUGAAAUGUAGCCAUAUUUACUGUACCAGAGAAGGUAGGUUUUAGGAAUGAUCUCAGUGUUAAAAUUGAGAAAAGUUCCCAUCACCUCAGAACAAUGUGAAGUCCAUGUUUGUAUUACACUGAUCUAUUGAGUUCCUCAAUAUUUAUUCUGAUGAAAAACAUUUACUACAACUAAUGAUGCAUUUAAUUAAUGUAAUUUUCCCCUUUAUUCUAUAAUUGUACCUGUUGAAAGUUAAUCAUAUUUAAAGGGAGUGACUGAAAUAAAGCUUUCUUUGCUCCUGCUGCUUAAAGGGAUGGAACUAUAUUGGGAGAUGAAGGGCUGAGUGGAGGGAAUACAGCAAGAACUAAUGACAGAGUCCUUUUUCAACUUAUUCAAAUGACACCACCUGAAAAGAAGAAAUGUUUUACACUGGAUCUUUCUCACAUAGAAUGAGAAAUCUUUUGGAAUAGAUGUUUACAUGUUCAUUGCUGGUCAUGCCUCCUGUGUCUUUAAUACUUUAACAUUGGAAGAGUGUAGUGUUGGGCUAGUGGGUUUCUCCUCCUCGUGGAGAUGCCCCCAAACUACUGAAUCUGUGUUUGAUUUCAGUAAUGUUCCACAUUGUUUCCUUGGAAAUAAAUUAAUAUAUUGUUUUCCA